UUUUUGUCAGCGACCCUUGGCUCCCGACGCUGUCGGGUCCGAAACCAGUUUUCGUAUCGGCCGAGGUCGACGAGAAGCAGGCCGCUGGCUCAUGGCGACGCCCGAAGGAACGACGACCAAGCCCAGCAACAAGCUCCCGGGCCCGCUCGACAUUGCCCACUUUGAGUUCGGCGUGACCUUGGGCACCGGGUCGUUUGGCCGCGUGCGCUUUGCGACGCACAAGGCCACGGGCUCCUUCUGGGCCAUCAAGAUCCUCAAGAAGGCCGAGAUCAUCCGGCUGCAGCAAGUCGAGCACAUGAUCUCGGAAAAGACAAUCCUCAUGUGCUUGGACCAUCCGUUCAUUGUGAACCUCGCGGGCACGUUCCAGGACGCCAAGUGCUUGUACAUGGUGCUCGAGUACGUCAUUGGCGGCGAGUUCUUUACGCACCUUCGGAAAGCCGGGCGCUUUGACUUCAACACGACCAAGUUUUACGCGACGCAGGUCGUGUCGAUCUUCGAGUACCUCCACAGCCAGGACUUUAUCUACCGCGACCUCAAGCCCGAGAACCUCCUUCUGGACCAAGAAGGCUUUAUCAAGAUUACGGAUUUCGGCUUUGCCAAGCGCGUGGCGUUCAAGACGUACACGCUGUGCGGGACGCCCGAGUACAUUGCGCCCGAAGUGCUCCUCAACAAGGGCCACGGCAAGGGCGUCGACUGGUGGACGAUGGGCAUCCUCAUCUACGAGAUGCUCGCGGGCCAGCCGCCGUUCUGCGACGACGAUCCCAUGGGCAUCUACCAGCAGAUUCUGUCCGGCAAGAUCAACUUUCCGCGGUACUUUGACCGGAACGCCAAGGCGCUCAUCAAGCGUCUCUUGACGGCCGACCUCACCAAGCGCUACGGGUGCCUCAAGAACGGCGUCGAGGACAUCAAGAAGCACAAGUUCUUCUCGGGCGUCGACUGGGACGCGAUGCUGGCAAGGAAAGGCACCGCGCCCAUCAUCCCCAAGGUCGUGACGCCCAACGACACGUCCAACUUUGACCCGUACCCGGACUCGAACGAAGAGGCGCCAGUGCCCGUCUACAACGGCAAAGACCCGUUCGCCGAGUUUUAGUCGACCUCCUCUGUACCAUUCUCGCUCUACUAAGGCCAUCAAUAUACAUGUAUAUAGUGCGCAAG